UCAAAGUUGUCAAUUUCGAGGUGCCUGCCUUUCGAAGUUGAAUUUUCAAUUUUUUGUGAAUUGUGAUUUUCUGUUCAGUUUUCAAAGGUCAAUAAAUUAUUUUCCUAAAGUUAGCGAUUUACGUAAAUGAAAUGUGAAGUAGGGAAUCGUUAAAAAUGGAGGAAAACACAGCUGAGACGCCGACCAGUCCAAACAGACGAAGAUUUAACAGAAGGAAAUUCUUUGCUUAUGGUUCUAUAAUAAUAGCCGCCAUAUCCAUAGGAUGUGUUCACUACCACUAUGUCACACUCCUCUUCGAAAACGACCGUAACUUCUCCUUUCUCUCGGAGCUUGAGCGAGAGAUGUCAUUUAGGACUGAGAUGGGUUUCUACUAUUCAUACUAUAAGACUGUGGUUGAAGAGAGGCCGUACCUUGCGGGGAUAUACAAACUCAUGUACGACAGGCUGGUUGAAUAUCCCAAGGACGUGAACGCGUUCAAUAGAUUCAAUAUACAUCCCGAGGUAAUAAUCGGCUCAGUAUACAGAUACUUCGAGCCGUGGCUGAAUACCACUUACUUCAAAGAGUGUCACAUGAUAGCGAGGGGGGACGGCCACACUCCCGUUGAGAGCUGCAUUGGGAUUGGUCAGCCGAUAUUCUUCUACUUAGAAGCCAUCUGGUGGUUGGCUGGAGUCACUGUUGCUGCGCUGUUCUUACACGCUACUGUGUUAAGUCAGAGCCUGUUGGGUGGUACGAUGGCAGUGCUGCAGUACUUCGCCAAUCACUCGGAGUGCACGCGAGUGCAGUGGGCUCCCAACGAGAGAGAGAAUCUAGCUGCUCCGUUACUUCUGCUGCAGAGCUGGCUGCUGACGCUGCAGCUCAGGAGCAGGAAUACACUUCUACAAUUACAGAUCUCAAUAUUCACUCUAAAUUGCCUGUGCUUAUUAUUCUGGCAGUUCACACAGUUCAUAUUCCUCACACAAAUCGCCAUUUUUUUCGUCAUGGAACAAUUAAAAAUAAUUGAUAUCAAGUCGUUAUCGAUUUUCUUGCACUGCCACUUCUGUGGAUUACACACAGCCGUUCUAUUGCUUCAAGGAAAUGACAUGCUAAAGUCGUCCUUAUAUACAUGCUUCUUCUUCAUAAUAUCCAUGUACUGUUUGUUCUUCAGUUUCCUACGCAUUAAGGUCCGAAAUCGCUUGGACUUUUUCGUCGAAUGCUGGCUGGUUCUAUUACGGAUUUGUAUGGCGAUUUUCGGAGCGUUUUACUUGAAGAAAGUCAUAAGUGACUCCUUGGAUGUUCAGGAAGAUUCGCACAUUUGGGACAUUUUGUACUCAAAAUUGACGAAUUUUCAAAAUUUCCACACUUUACUGUACACUUGUUCUGAAGUUUUUGAUUUUCUACCCUUGAGUUCCAUCAAAAAUAUGACCAAAAGUUUACUCAUACCUUUUGUGUUAAUCAGUUGUGUUAACGUGGUAACUUUUUGGAUAAAGGAUUCCAUACAUUGUUACAAGAAAGAGAUGGCUAAUAUUGCCAAAGAGAGUAACAGAGAGGGGAAUAACGAGGACGAGGAUAGCGGUAUCGAAAAUACCGAAACGGUUAAAAAAAGGACAGAUAAAGAUACCAAAGAUCUGGAUUUGAUACUCUGUGAGGUUGAUUCAGAAACCAAAGAGAAUGUAGACCCGUUUAUGGUGUAUGUCAGGAAUGUAAGGAUAGACCCAUCGAUAUUUUAUAAUCUGUCGCAAAUGGCGGUUUUCGGUGUCAUGGCGGCGCUGGUUAUGAGAUUGAAGUUGCUUUUUUCUACGCAAAUGUGCAUCGUUUCGUCGCUUGUUGUGAACAAAACGCAUAUAUUUCCAAAAUGGAUGUCGAAAUAUGGCAAGUAUAUUUGGGCGGUCGCCCUUUUGCCGGUGUUUGCUGAGCUUACCGUCAAUGUAAAUCAAGAAAUGUCGCAUAUUGGAGAAUUUAGCGACUACCCUCAAGAAGAGUUACUCCAGUGGAUCUCUAAAGAGGCGGGGAGCGGUGCGUUCGCGGGUUCGAUGCCCGUGCUGGCCACUGUGAUGCUGGCCACUCGCCGACCAAUAGUAGCCCACCCGCAUUAUGAGCACUUGGAGGCCAGGCAGCGGGCCUACUCUGUAUACAAGGUGUACGGGCGGUUUUCCUCGGAGCAUCUCUACCAGGAAAUGACCAAGUUGAGGGCUACGUACCUCAUCGUUGAAACCAAAUACUGUUAUGGGAGGAGCAGAAGGGGCUGUUCCUUCGAGAACAUAUGGGACAUAGAGGCGCCGGCACUGAAGUCGAACCCGAAACUGUGCCACGUCCUGCUCACUGAGCCGGUGGAGCACUUCUACCCCGUGUUCAGGAACGAACACUACGCAGUAUUCCGGAUACAUGACUUUAGCGUACGGUACAUGCCGCGAAGUUUCGACACCUGACAGCUACUCGAAUAACUAGAAGAGUUGAGACUGAUGUUUAUUUUUAAUUCCAAAUAGUCUAUGCAACAUUUACUUGGUGAAAUUUUUGUAUAGUUGGUUCGCGUUAAGAAUGCAGUGAGUCAUCAGUGCAACUACAGCGUAAAGGUGUAUUCACAGUGAUGUUACUAUUCAACCAAAUUAUAUUUUUAAAGAUUGAGUUUAAUUAAUUUAACAAUACACUUAAAGUUAAAAAUGAAAAUUAAGUCAUUGAUAUUUUAAUCACUAUCACUAGUAUCCUCGUUAGUAUUUAUGAUAAAAGAAUUUUCUUGCUAUGCCUUCAACUGGUCACUGUGAACUUGACCUUGUAAUUUGAAAAGAUUUGAUUGGUUAGGGGGCGGGGCUAGGCUGGCGAACAAUGAUGACUCACUGCAUUCUUAACGCGAACGAACUAUAGUUACAGAGCUGUGGCUAAGUGACUGC